AUGCUAAUGCUAAUAAAGACACCUCUGUUUUUUUUUUGACAGUCUGCAUACUAGUCUUCAUUAUGGAACUGCGCGGGACCAGAAACCAAAAACUAUCGGAGCAACGCAAAAGGGUCCGAGCCGCAACUAACCAAUAACCAAUACCAAUUCCAAACCAACCAUAAUAAAUUCUAAGGUAAUAAAUCGAUGAGUGACGGGAAGUUAUUUAUCAAAUCCAAGGCCACUGAGUUGCGGACUGAAUUGGAUCAAGCAUUAAAGAAAUCCAAACCUCAUAGUAAAGUGAAAAUAGUACUUAAGAAGGUAAUAGCCAAUAUAAUUUUAAAUAAUAAUGAAUUAGUUCCUUUAUUACCAGAUAUAAUUAAGUUAUUAAAAAUUGAUGAUUAUGAGAUCAGAAAAAUGAGUUCACAAUUUAUUGUUGAGUAUGGACCAGAAAAUGCGGCAUUAGCAAAAGAAGCUAUACCAUAUUAUACUCGAUUUCUUGAAGAUCCAUCACCUUUAUUAAGAUCACUUGCUAUUAAGACAUUAUCUACGGUGAAAAAUAAAGAUUUUCAAAUUAUUUCAUUUGAAGUAAUUAAAAAAUUACUUAAUGAUAAUGAUCCUGAAGUUAGAAAGGCUUCAGCAUAUUGUGUAUCAAGAUUAUUUCAAAAUGAUCCUGAUAGAGCUAUUAGAGAUCAAUUAAUUAAUAAUUUAAAUGAAUUAUUAUAUGAUAAUAAUCAAAUUGUUGUUUCUAAUACUUUGGCAGCUUUAAAUUCAAUUACUGAAACUAAUAAAUCUUUAACUUUAACAAUCGAUAAAGCUCAUUCAAUUGCUCUUAUAUCUCAUCUUAAUGUGGCUAAUGAAUGGUGUCAAGUAUACAUUUUAAAUUCUCUUUCAUCUUAUGUACCACAAACUUCAGAUGAAGCUCUUGAAUUAAUUGAAGCGGCUUUACCAUCUUUACAACAUGAAAGUUCGGCUGUGGUAUUAAAUGCAAUAAAGAUCAUUGUUUAUUUUUGUAAUUAUGUUAAGAAUCCUCAAUUAAUUAUUCCAUCACUUUCUAAUCGAUUAGGAACUUCCCUAGUUUCAUUAUUAUCAAAACCAGCUGAAAUUCAAUUUCUUGUUUUAAGAAAUGUUAUAUUAUUAUUACUUGGAAGAAGAGAAUUAAUUAAUCUUGAUGUGGAAAUGUUCUUCUGUAAAUAUGAUGAUCCAAUUUAUAUUAAAGAUACAAAAUUAGAAAUAAUUUAUUUAUUAGCCAAUUCUCAAAAUAUUCAUUCAGUAAUUCGAGAACUUGAAGAAUAUGCUACUGAAAUUGAUGUAUCAAUGUCUAGAAAGGCUAUUAGAGCAUUUGGGAAUUUAUCAGUUAAAUUAGUUGGAGCUGCUCAAGAAUGUGUAGAAGUAUUAUGUGAUUUAAUUGGUAAUGGAAUACCUUAUAUUGUUCAAGAAUCUGCCAUAGUUUUAAAGAAUAUAUUAAGAAAGUAUCCUCAACGAUUUGAUUUUGCUGUUGAUGUAUUAUUAAAUCAAUAUAAAUUAAUAGAUGAACCAGAUGCAAAGACUUCUUUAAUAUGGAUAGUUGGUCAAUACGAUGAUAAUCAAGAAAGAUCUAUUAAAAUAAUUAAUGAUUUAUCAUCUAAUUUUAAAGAAGAACCACUUGAAGUUCAAUAUGCAUUAUUAACAGCAGUAACAAAACUAUAUUUGAAAUAUCCAACUGAAGGAGAAUCAUCUAUGUUAAAUGUUUUAAAAUGGGCAACUGAAGAAGUAGAUAAUCCAGAUGUUAGAGAUAGAGCUUAUAUAUAUUGGAGAUUAUUAUCAUUGGAUGAAAAUACUUCAGGAGAUGGUGGUUUUCAAGAAAAAUCAAAACAAAUAAUCUUAAAUUCUAGUCCAAUGAUCUCUUCCGAUAAUGAUAAUAUUGAUCCUAAAAUUCUAGAAGAAUUGGAAUUGAAUAUUGGAACUCUUGCAUCAAUAUAUUUGAAACCCGUACAACAUGUGUUUAGACUAAGUAAAAAGAAGCAAUUAGUUCCAAGUCCAGCAUUACAACCUCGAAUUAUAAAAACAGCUGAGCCUGAUAUUGAUAAUUAUAAUGAGAAUGAGAAUGGGAAUGGGAAUGGGAAUGGAAAUGGGAAUGAUAACGAAGUUAAUAGACCAAGUAAACCACUUCCAACUAGACCAAAUACAUCUAGAGUCAAUUCUUCAUCCAAUACUAACCAUAGUCACUUGGCUCCCCAUAGAAAUGCAUCAUCCACGCUUUCUAGUAGAAGUCUGGUAAUUUCGGGCCAAAAAUCUUUAGACUCUGCUGGAUCGAGCUUUGAAGAUAGUAAUGGUAAGAGAGAAGGGUUUGCUAAAAGGUUAAGUAGGAGAGCAUCUCUAAUUACUAACAGAAAGUUAUCUAAAUCAUAAAUUAAGAUAUUCCAUAUAUAUAUAUAAAGACAUAACAUACAUACAUACGAGACAAUAUAUCUAU